CAGCAUAUUUUUCUAGAAUGUAAUAAGUAUAGUCAGGAAAGAGAGGUGUUAAUCAAAGAGUUAAAUAGAAAUAAAAAUAAAUUAGAUAUUAAAAAUUUGCUGCAAAGAUCGUCUGAGGAUGUAGUAUUUAACAGCAUUUUUAGUUUUCUUAGGAAGUCAGGUAUUAUGGGAAGAUUAUAGUGGUAGGACAUCUAAUCUAUACUCCAGUCUGGAAGGUGGCGGUAAUGCACCUAUAAGUUGUUUGCCAACCGCCAUAAAACCAAAAGAAGAAGAAGAAGAAAAAGAACGUUUUCAGACAUUUUUUUCCUCUCCAAAGAUGGCGUCGACGCAGUUAACAGAUGAAGAGCUCUUUUCCCAGUUGAAGUGCUUCGGUUACACCCCUGGCCCAGUCACAGAAAACACACGUCCGGUGUAUUUAAAGAAACUGAAGAAGUUUCGCGAGGAGCAGCAGCAGCAGCAGCGAGGUAAAGGCCGAGUCAGCGGGACGAGCAGCAGCAGCAGCACUGGGGCACCAAGGCCAGUUAAACAUGACGUCAGGCGCCUGAGCUCCGGUAGGAGACCGGGCCUAAAGUCCUCUGUUCUCGGCUUCAGCUCUGACGAAUCUGACGCGGAAACGCCACUGAAAAGAAAGGGCCUGGAUCACAUGAAAAGACCCAGCCGAAGCCCACACCUUCAACAACAACAGCUGAAGAUUAGAGCAGCUACGCCUCUUAACGAGGCUAACAAGAAGCAGUAUGGCGUUGGGACUGCUCUGAAAAGCAAUUCAUUCCCGAACCCAGACGGACAGACAAGUGCCUCACUGGGUUGGGAAACUGGUAAAAGAUAUAUGCAUGAUCCUGAAUCCAGGGACGAAGACGUUAGUGAUGAAGAAGUACAGAAUUCCCACCCGGUUAAUGGUCGCAGCGCUGCUCGCCUGAACACAAGCAAACUAGCCGGAGAGUACUCAGACUCGGACGAGGAGGAAGUUGGGGGCCCUGGAGGCCCAGAGCGAGACCGGAGGAGUUUGGAGCUGCGACGGAUUUACACAAGCGGACCGUUUGCUUCGCAUGUAGACGGCGGAGGGUCCCGAAUCGGAGGGAAAAACUGUGCGCUUAAUCCGCUUGGGAACAGAGCCAUGGCAGGCGGCAGAGAGGAGUUUGAGGAGAGGGGGAAGAAAGGAGACCUGGACGCAUCGGGAGGCUUACGGAGCCACAUGCUUCCCAGGAAGCCGAUCUACUUGUCCCUCGGCGAGGACCACCAGAGUAAGACCGGGGAAAACAACCAUAUUAACAGAGAGGAGGGGGCGUCCGGCAGCAACAUGGCCAGCAUCGCGCUGAGACCGCGCUACCGCGGUUCCUACAGCCCGACCCUGAGCCCUCAGGGGGGCUACUCUAAUCACAGCUCUGUCCCGAACCACGCAUACGGCCCGGGAACCCAGAAGAAGAAGCCGACUGCCCCAGAGGAUGAGCUGCUGCUGCAAUUUAAAAGAGAGGAGCAACCUUCCUCCGGAAGCUUCAGCGCACACUACCUGUCGAUGUUCCUGCUCACCGCAGCCUGCCUCUUUUUCCUCCUGCUCGGCCUCAUGUACAUCCGCAUGAGGGGCUCGGGAUCCCCGGCGGGAGAUGGUGUCAUUAAGAGUCACCCGUUUGGUAGCAACUUUGACUCCUCAUAUAGUAAGACAGAAAAAGACGUGAUCCUAAAGCUGCUGCUCAGCCUCCAUGAUCACCUGGCCAUCGUUGCUGGUCAUCAUGACUGUGGAGAGCAGCAGUAUGCUAGCAGGAGUCUGUCCAGAGAGCAGGUCACACAGUAUUUACUGGCUCAGGAUGGAGACUUUAAAGACUUCAUCGACGUCUCUCUAGAGUGGAUCAUCCGAGCUGGCCAGGAUGUCGGUAUAAGGCUGAGCGGGGAGCUAGCUGACGACCUAGUGAUGGAUGUGUCUGAGAUCUCUUGGUUGGAAUCCACGCAUCCCAGGAUGCCGUUCACCUGCCGCUUUCGUCGAGCUUUGCUCACAGUCAUGAACAAAGUCCUGGUCGUUGCCGUUGUUGUAGGCUUGGUGUGCAGUGUGAUCUGCUACGUGAAGUAUCGCUGGAGGAGAGAGGAGGAGGAGACGAGGCAGAUGUAUGACAUGGUGGAGAGGAUCAUCGAUGUGUUAAGGACCCACGGUGAGGCAUGCCAAGAGAACCGGGACCUAGAGCCUUACCUGCCCAUCCCCCAUGUCAGAGACUCCCUGGUUCAACCCCAGGAUAGGAGGAAGAUGAAGAAGGUUUGGGAGCGAGCCGUGAAGUUCCUCUCAGCUAACGAGUCCAGGAUCCGGACAGAGACGCAGCAGAUCAAGGGAGCAGACUUCAUGGUGUGGAGGUGGAUCCAGCCGCCCCUCAGCUCUGACAAAUCCAAGAUGUGGCAGGGGAAAGCAUUCCCUCUAGAUCGGAGGAAUUCACCGCCCAACAGUCUGACUCCAUGUCUGAAGAUCAGAAACAUGUUUGAUCCAGACAUGGAGGUUGGUGACAGCUGGGAUUUGGCCAUUCAGGAAGCCAUCCUGGAGAAAUGCAGUGACAAUGACGGCAUCGUCCAUAUUUCUGUUGAUAAGAACUCUAAAGAGGGCUGUGUCUAUGUCAAGUGUCUUUCUGCAGAGCACUCAGGAAAAGCCUUCAAAGCCCUGCAUGGCUCCUGGUUUGAUGGUAAGCUGGUGACAGUCAAGUAUCUGCGUCUGGACCGGUACCACCAGCGCUUCCCGCAGGCCCAGGGCUGCAGUGCGCCCCUGAAAGCGUCCAGCCUCCACCAGACCCCGGCUCCCUGCCCACUGCAGCAUGGGGGCCCCAACUCCUCAGGCUUCUCCUGAGAGGGCCCCUCCCUGUAUCAUAGAACUGUGGCCCCGCAGCGAGGCGGCAGCACAAGCUGUUCAGUGGUGCAGAGUUUUUAAAAACAUCAACUUUAUAUUUCAAGUGUCAUAGAAUUGAAAACAAAGCAAAGUGAGUAUUUAUUGUUAUUUUUGUUCUCUUCCAUCGCUCAUUGCCACAGUGGAGUCAUGUAUGUAUGUAAGCUUUCAGUG